ACUGAUCGAGAGGAUAUUCAACCGAAGCUGCUUCCAUCGAUUUCUUACCCCCACUGUUACACUAUUUCUUAAAGAUCCCAGCCGGCAAGCCAAGAUCUUACAGCAAGAUCGAACUGCUCAAGAAUCCCUUCGGGAUGGAUUCUCCCCCGGCGGAGAACCCCUCGCCAUCUCCAUCUUCUUCGAAGCCUGACCAGCCUUCGCCGCCGCUGAGAUCCAGUCUCCUAUUUUAUAGUCCACCGCGUCACAACCAGCUUUCCUUCCCGUCGUCAUCUCCUUCCCCUCGCGUCAUCUACAGCGAUCGAUUCAUACCUAGUCGCCUCGGCUCCAAUUUCUCUCUUUUCAAUGUGGAUUCACCUCCUAAUAUGACUAGCGGGAAGGAGGAAGGCUCGGGUGCCUAUACGGCGAUCCUACGGAGCGUCAUAUUCGGUCCGGAUCACGGCAUCGUGCCACCGGAGACUCCUGAUAGGUCGUGGUCCGGGAGGGCUGGGUACUCGUCUUCCCCUUCCUCCGUUUCAUCUAGCCCCAGCAAGAAUAUCUUUAGAUUUAAGGCUGAGGUGCCGAGAUACUCUAUAUCAUCUGUGGGGUUCGACGAUCUCCUCCCCGGAGUUUCCCCCACCCAGCCCAAGGCGACCAGGAAGGUCUCUAGAUCGCCUUCUAAGGUUUUGGAUGCACCGGCGUUGCAGGAUGAUUUCUAUCUUAACCUAGUCGAUUGGUCUUCGAGCAAUAUGUUGGCUGUGGGACUGGGCAAUUGCGUUUAUCUUUGGAAUGCUUCCAGUAGCAAGGUGACAAAACUCUGCGACUUGGGCGUUGAUGAUGGUGUUUGUUCUGUUGGAUGGGCUCGGCAAGGCGCACACUUGGCGGUUGGAACUAGCCAGGGAAAAGUGCAGAUAUGGGAUGCAUCGCGCUGUAAGAAGAUAAGGACCAUGGAAGGUCAUAGACUGAGAGUUGGAGCUCUUGCUUGGAGUUCAUCUUGUUUAUCAUCAGGUAGUCGGGAUAAGAGCAUUUUUCAACGUGAUAUACGUGUACAAGAUGAUUAUUUCAGUAAACUUUCAGGUCAUAAGUCAGAGAUUUGUGGGCUAAAGUGGUCAUAUGAUAAUCGGCAACUGGCUUCAGGUGGAAAUGAUAAUAAACUUUUUGUUUGGAAUUUGAAUUCAACUCAGCCUGUACAUAAGUACAGUGAACACAAUGCUGCAGUCAAAGCUAUUGCCUGGUCUCCACAUGUUCAUGGUCUUCUUGCAUCUGGUGGUGGAACCACUGAUAGAUGCAUCAGAUUUUGGAACACCACAACCAACUCUCACCUCAGCUGCAUGGACACAGGAAGUCAGGUUUGUAAUCUUGUAUGGUCGAAGAAUGUUAAUGAACUUGUUAGCACUCAUGGCUACUCCCAAAAUCAAAUAAUUGUCUGGCGAUAUCCAUCCAUGUCAAAGGUUGCUACACUUACAGGGCAUACGUUUAGAGUUUUAUAUUUGGCCAUCUCUCCUGAUGGGCAGACAAUCGUCACCGGAGCAGGAGAUGAGACCCUCAGGUUUUGGAAUGUUUUCCCAUCUCCCAAGUAUCAGAGCACUGAGAACAGGAUUGGAGCUUUCUCUCUUGGAAGAACCGAGAUUAGGUGACAAUUGGAAUCUGUUCCAACUUUGGAAAGAAAUUUCCAAGAAAUAAAACAAGUGAUUUGGAUGGGCGAAGCCUUUGUUUAUGCUUUGGUGGCUAUCCUGACACUUUCUCUGGAGCCCUUAAAGCACAAAGAGUUAAAGGUAGUUUGUUCCAGCUUCUGUCUUAUUUAUCUCAGAUUACAAGUUUGGGGAUACCUGCUUAGCUCAAUGGAUAAUUGUUGAUAGGAAAUGGUUGGUAGGUUGUCACAAUCCCGCAUCAUUAAAGAAAAUGGUCAUUAUUUUCUACAAAAUGUCAAUUGAAUCUCAAUAAUGCUAUAUUUUUGUAUGGCCUGUAUUCUUUUGUUUUUAUCUCUGUUCAUAAUUUAUAAUUCAAAUUUUGGGCUUUGCGGAUAAUGAGAGCCCUGAGCUGGUUUAAUGUGUAUAAUUAAGAGAAGAUUGACUUUUGAGGCAUAUUACAGAUCAUCAUACUUUGGCACA